AUGUCGCAGCAACCGGGACCGAUGGACGAGUACCUGUCCACCCCACAAUGUAUAGCAGGCACACGAGGCCCAGACAAAAUGGCGCCCGGAUCGCCGGGAACACAGAGCAGAUCGAACUCCACGCAGGACUCCCCGCGGAGAGACGCCCUCACUCAGAUGUCAGCUGAACUCGCGGCAAUCUCGGCAAACAUGUUUUCCAGGCAAGACAAGAAGGAGCUGGUGGCAGAACUACGCGCGGCUAUCCGGGAGGAGGUGGCUGCGGUCCGGCGCGACCUCUCCGCCCUAGAACACCGGGUGGGAGACCUGGAGGUCCAACAGCUGCAGUCAGAACAAUCCCAACGGGCCACAGACCUGGCUACCACGAGGCAGGGCAACCUCCUCCUGGAGCUCAGACGCCAGGUGGAGGACCUUGAGAACCGCGGACGGCGCAAUAAUAUCCGCGUCAGAGGCCUGCCAGAGUCGGAAGGAGAGACCCCAAGAGAGGUCCUGGAGGGCCUGUUCACACAACUACUGGGGGAAGAAGCUCCACCGGAUUUCGGAUUAGAGCGUGCACACCGGGCGCUUCGACCACCAAGGAGGGAUGGCCUCCCCAGGGACUUGGUGUGCUGUUUUCAAUCAUUCCAACUGAAAGAAAGUAUCAUGAGAGCGGCCAGGGCACUGCGCACCAUCACCUACAUGGACUCGCAUGUAUCCCUAUACCAGGACCUGUCUCCCCUCACCCUCGAUGCCAGGCGAGCGCUGAAGCCCAUCACAGGCCUCCUACAGCAGAAGCGGAUCCCUUACAAAUGGGGAUUCCCGUUCAGUCUGCAGGCAAGAAUUGAGAAUCGCUGGCUGGCAGUCCGCUGGCCUAAUGAUGUGCCUAGAUUUCUACGAGCAGCGGGCCUCCCUGAGACUCCCGUCCCUAACUGGAUCCUUGAUCACCCGCCGGCCAGGCCCACGGGCCCUACAGUUCCAGCGGAUCACCUGUCGGAUGGUGCCCUGCGGAGAUCCUCGACGCACCGGAGCGGGCCCAACACCGCGGAAGAGUAG